AUGGCAGACCGCGACCUCGCCGGCUACGACGCGGAGCUCGCGAGCAGGGCGCGGGUGAUCCCUGGCCUCGACGCGCGCCUAGCGCGCAUCGAUGCCAGGGCUGGCACAGACAGCUUCCACGUCCUGCAGGGCCUCAAGGACCCCGAGGCCGAGCGGGAGGUGUCCAAGUGCUGCUACCUCUACCAGCGCUUCGGGAGCACCGGGACCAGAGGUGCAAUAGAGGUGGAAGGUCCGAUGGAGCAGCCGAAGGUGGCGAGGUUGUUCGCCGAGGUCUUCAAGACCAAGACCGGCUCCGAGUUUGGAUCGGUUCAGCCUGGCGACAGGGCGAACCCGGGCAUGUAUUGGCUGCAGCAGCAGGCGACACCGGACCUCAAGGCGCAGUGGCAGUACUACGUCAGCGACGGGGUGGACGGCAAGAGGACAGGCUGGUACCCGUACGAGGGCUCGGCGUCCGACGAGGUGGAGGAGCUCUAUUCCCAGCACGUGGCCAACGCGCGCGAGAGCCGCACCGCGACGCGCGUGGUGUCGUCGGGCUACUUCACGUACCACGUGGAGCCGCACCGCUCCGCGGGAGGGACACGGCCGGACUGGCGCGCGCCGCUCUGGCGGCCAUAUGCCCAGACGUGCUCGCGUCGUGAGAGAGCCCGACGUCAAGGUUCUGACCGUUUCCGGCCUCCAGGGGCCCUGGGACCGUCAAAAGUUAGUCGGGAUGCAAAACUGGCCCUGGGGAUUCUCUAG